CGAGUUCUGUAUUCCGAACCGGAAGUGGAAGAGAUGUGUUGCAGCGUUCGUUUUCGGAAGUCAGCCGGACUUGCCUCCCGUGGCGGUGACGCCUGUGCACCGGCGGAAAAAAUAAUGACCACAGACUACGUACGUGAGUCGACGAGUAUUGGUGGCGACGAAGCUUCGAACGCCGUCAGGGAAAGGUUUACCGAUUCACAGUUUCUGGUUUUUGCUAACCGCUUCGUAGCGCUGGUCCUCAGCAGCUGUGUGAUGUGCUGUCGCAGGCCGGAUGAACGGCUCGCCCCGCUUUACAAAUUCUCGUAUGCCUCACUGUCGAAUAUUCUGAGCAGCUGGUGCCAAUACGAGGCACUGAAAUUCAUCACGUUUCCAACGCAGGUGCUUUGCAAGGCGUCCAAGGUAUUGCCGGUGAUGGUGAUGGGUCGCUUCAUCCAACACAAGACCUAUUCGGCGCGGCAGUACGUCAGCGCGUUGCUGAUCACCAUGGUCACAUCCGACGCGACCACCGUCUCUGGCGUAAUUCUGAUGAUUGGUUACCUGACUUUCGACAGUUUCACCGCUAACUGGCAAAGCGCUCUGUUCAGAAACUACCGUAUCUCGACCGUACAGAUGAUGUUCGGCGUCAACGCAUUCAGCUUCGUUUUGACCCUGGUCACUCUGGUGCAACAGAACAGUCUUUCGGCAUCGGUUGCGUUUUUCAGUCGCCACAGCAGCUUCGGUUUGGACGUGCUAGCGACAUCGGUAGCCAGUGCUGUGGGACAGCUGUUCAUUUUUUACACGGUAUCCGAAUUUGGUGCCGUCACUUUCACUAUCAUCAUGGCCGUGCGACAGGCUCUCUCGAUUUUUUUAUCGUGCCUCAUCUACAGGCACCGAAUCGCAGUUCGCGGAAUAGCCGGUAUCAUCAUCGUUUUUUGUUCGAUUUUUUUACGAAUCUACUGGAACCGGUCUAGGAGACGAACGGGUACUGCUGUAUCUUUACAAAAGACCUGA